UGCGGAAGUGCACGGGUCGCGCGCACUGCUGAAUGGACCCGUGAGGAACCAGAGUUCACGAGUCGCGAUUUAAACUGAUCAUCAAGUCCAUUCACUGGUUCAUUUCCAUCCUUGUCUUCCACUCGACAAGCUGUGGUGUAUCCAGCUGCACCUGUUUUCAUCCUGUUUGCCUACCGUCCGUUCGCCAAGCCACUCCUUACCUCCACGUCAACAUUGCUCAUUUCCUACGCAAAGUGUUUCCGUGGCCUCAGUGGAUCCUGUCAGAGUUUGACAAGCUGGUGUGGCUGCCGUCCCUCCCUAAUGCCUGUUUCUCCAGGCUAUGCACUUCUAAACCAUAAUGAGCCUAUGAACUCUCUGCGCAUCUCUGUUGGAGGGCUCCCAAUGCUGGCUUCCAUGACCAACACCACAGACCCCCGCUUCCGCAUCAAAUGGAGAGCCAUUGUGGUGGUAGCAUCAGCGCUAACCCUCGUCCUCCUCAUCUACAUGCAGCUUUUACCCUUUCACCCCCAUCCUAGAUAUGGCUCAAAGUUAAACCAUCAUGAGGUGAGAGCGGAGGACCGCUACAAUGACACGUACCCCCUCAGUCCACCAGAGCGCACGGCCCAGGGCACGCGCUACCGGAUAGGGGUCAUUGCCGACCUGGACACAAACUCGCUCAGUGACAAGAAGCUGACCUGGUUUAGCUACAUGCUAAAGGGUCACCUCCUGGUGUCGGAGAGUGGAGAUACGGUGGCUGUCGAAUGGGAUCAGGAAAGGGUGGUCUUGGAAAGCCACCUGGCAGAGAAGGGUCGGGGCAUGGAGCUCUCCGAAUUAGUGGUGUUUAAUGGCAAACUGUACAGCGUGGAUGAUCGUACGGGCGUAGUAUAUAACAUAGAAGGACUUAAGGCGGUGCCCUGGGUUAUACUUCCAGAUGGGGAUGGCUCUGUUUCAAAAGGGUUUAAGGCAGAGUGGCUUGCAGUGAAGGACGAGCAUCUAUAUGUGGGGGGUUUGGGGAAGGAGUGGACCACCACCAAUGGAGAGGUGCUGAAUGACAAUCCCGAGUGGGUGAAAGUGGUGGGAAUCCACGGAGAUGUACAGCACCACAACUGGGUUCCUAAGUACAACUCUCUCCGCAGAGCGGCAGGCAUCAGUCCGCCCGGGUACCUCAUACACGAGUCUGCAGCCUGGAGCGACACAUUGCAGCGCUGGUUCUUCUUGCCGCGGCGUGCUAGCAGCGAGCGCUACGACGAGACGGCAGAUGAGCGUCGCGCCACCAACCUAAUGCUCAGCUGCUCCCCAGACUUCCAGGACAUUAAAGCGAGAAGCGUUGGGCCCCUGAACCCUACACAUGGCUUUUCGUCCUUCAAGUUUGUCCCCAACACAGACGACCAGAUUAUUGUUGCCCUGAAGUCUGAGGAGGAUGCUGGGAAAAUUGCCUCUUACAUUGUGGCAUUCACCCUGGACGGCCGAAUCUUGCUUCCUGAAACUAAGAUUGGAGAUGUGAAGUAUGAAGGACUUGAAUUCAUUUAGUGUGAAAGGGAUUGUCUGGAAGUAAAUACGUGCCAAGGACUGGUAAAUACCUUCGUCUAGAUGAUGGACAUCUAGAAGUGGACAUUGAGGUGUCUUUAGGUU